AUGGAUUUAAAGGAUUCUUCUCACGCUAAUGUUAAGUGUGAAGAGGAACUCCAUGAUACUAGUGCUGUCUCCUCUGAAAAAAUGCCUCUAGAGCCAGAUCCCCGCUGGCCGUAUCUAAAGAAGUGGUCGGUGACUGCCUCUCCUUCUCCUCAACUUCCGCGGUCCGUUCCUCCUCUUCUGAAAUCAAAAACUCCUGAACCGGAAGAGGAUGUACCGCAGCCGUUAAUGAACUCCUCUUGUUCUUCGGAAUCGGGAGAGGAAAUCAUCACUUCCUCUAAAGAGAUGGUCUCCUUGAUACAUAAACAUUCGCAGGUGACGGUUCAAGACCCUAAGAAUGCUCGGGAGGGUAUGAUUGAUCCUCAACAAAUGUUACAACCUGACUCCAACUUAUCUCCAACUACAUCCUCGCCUUCUCCAUCUCUAGGAGCCUGGAUGAUUCCGCUUAAGAUGUAUGAGCCUAGUCCUUUUAUCAAGGCUGCUUCACAAGAAUAUCCAUGGGCAGCAAAGAUGAAAUCAGUCUGCAAUCUCAACAGGGUUACUGUCCCUGAAUACUUGGAGGAUGGAACCCCUAAGGUAACUGUUCCAAGUGAUGUAAUUCUUCAAGGAAUUCAGAAUCAAAAAGAAUAUGUGGUUGGUCAGUUCUACCGUUGCUCUGCGCCUGCUGGAGGAGAAUCAUCAUACUUGUUUCAUAUUCCGGAUGAUGGUACUCGCAAGUUUGUUAUCCAAAGGGGGAUAUGGCAUGGUGAUGACUGCUUGAUGUUUGUUUCUGCUUGGUCUCCGGCUGAAACAAUUACUUUACCAGAAAUCAAGACUAUCCCAGUUUGGUUGUCUCUCAAGAACAUACCAAAUCAACUCUACUCUUUUGAAGGAAUCAAAUGGAUCGCUUCAGGUAUUGGUGAGUCGAUGCUUACGUACAAACCUUGGCUUGAUCCUACUUUAAUGGGAGAAGCAAAAAUUUUGGUUGAGGUCAAGUUACAUAGGCCUUUUGCUCAGAGACUAGCUAUUGAGGAUGAGAGUGGGUCUGUCUCAAUGGUUGAUGUUGUGUACUCUUGGCUGCCUUCGAAGUGUGCAAGAUGUGGUCAGCGGGGCCAUAAAGCGUCAGGAUGUUUGGAACAGCCGCUUGAUCCAACUAGGAGCACCAAGACAUCAUCUCUAGUAUCAAGAGAUGUUGAAUCAAGUGUUACUUUAGCAAAUGAAGCAAAUAAUAUGGUUAGGGACAAAGAGGACAGAGAUGCUACUGUAACUGUCUCACACCCUCCAACUCCAAGUGUGGAAGCUACUUCUGAUCCAAUCCUGGUUCUAGUAGCUACCAUAAACAACCCUAUUGAUAAGAUCACCAUUGUUGAGGAUGAAUUAAGGAUGGAAGCAAAGCAAGAUACCACAUUCUCACUAAAAGGAAAGGUUGAACAGAGCUCUCCAAAUACUAACUCCGAACACUUGUCUACACACUCAAUCACAUGUAAUACUACAAGCAACUCUCACACACCUUUGGUUUCUUCAAAAGAAACUCCAUAUUCUUCCAAUCAUGUCUCUACCAAUUCUACUCCAGCUGAUUGUUCAAUCCGCAUGAGCUUAUCAAGCUCUAAUUUACUCACCAAUCGAUUUAGCUCUUUAAAAUUUUCGGAUGAUGAAGAUGAAACUUUAAUUUCAUCUGACGAGCUGGACCCAAAGGAAUAUUUGUCUCCUCAAGAUAAAGUUUUUCUUCGGGAAAGGCCUGUUAAACCCUCUACAAAGGCUAAGGAGAUGCAGUUGCAUUCCGUAGCUCGUGGACGUGGUAACCGUAACCGUGGUAAUCGUGGUCGUAAUAGAGGUGGUCGUGGCUAA